CGCCUGUAUCUUAUGGCUUAUUGCCGCCAUUUCAUUUUACUCUUGAUUAUUUCAAUUGCAUGAUAUAGGCAGGAAGCAUAGAUUUGCUUUUAUAUACGAACCACUGAGCUCUAGACAUAAUACAUGAGUCAAAAAGUGUCGAGGGGCCCUUGGCGAGAUUAAAGAUGGGUCAAAGGUGAACCCCAGUCGCCUAAUAAACCUGUAUGUUAUUAAAAUAGCGUUUACCCAACAUGGAAGAUAUACGACCGACCGCGAAAUGGGCAAAUCGCAUGCUACGCCCCUUAGCCUCGAUUUACCGCCGGCUAGAAAAACACCAGGAGACAUUAUCGAUAGUCACGAAUUCGAAACCCAAGGAAAAGCUAGAAGGAUGCGACGCGGAGACAACGCGAGUGUCGACGGCAAGCGAGGCGGAAGAAAGCUUUUCGUUCUCGGACGGCGAACCUGACGAUCCUGCCUGGGUACCUGGGAAGACGGUGAAACGACGAAUUCGACACAAAUAUUCGAGCCGGGCGGAGGUGAGCAAGGGGACCAGAAAACGCAGCAGAUUAUCGCUUCGCAGUCCGGAAUUGCAAAAGACAUUACCUGGUGCAAUCGAGAUCGCGACGCCUUUGAUUACGGGGAAAACACGGGGACUGUUUGAGCGAACAUCUGCGCGAAAACAGUUAUUCAAGAAUGAUUUAUCCUCUACAAGUAACGCUGGACCUAGCGAUGGGCGGAGGCCAGGACGGCCGAACAAUACCAGUUAUCCUGCGUAUAGAGGGUCUUGGAAAGAAGCGCUUGACUUAUCUGGGGAUACCCGGUUCGCGGAUAUUGCACAUGUUCUCGAUCGCAUAUUUAUCAGGUUCCUGAACAGUACUCGGGUUCCUGAUGGCAAGACACCAAAGGUUCGGGGGGCUCGAUCGUUGUUAUCCAUGGCUACACGUUGUCUACCGGAAUUUAUCGCGGAGGAGCAAAGAGAACAGGAUGAGUCGGAGGAGGUUGCGGAUGUCGAUAUGUGCGACGCGUAUUUUACGGAAUUAGAGACGCAUUAUGCUCCUCAUGGCAAUGGAUGGCAACCACUCCGGGAAGCUGUACGUGCCCAAGGUAUCCAUCUUGUCUCGGAGAUGUUGGUGGAAAAAUGGGUCUCUCAGCUGGCCGGAUGUCGACUGCUGUACGAGCUCUUAUCACAAGGCGAACAUGGCGCUUUUGAGUCGAUAUUAUCAAGGUUUUUAUCUACUAUCAACACAUACGACUAUCCAACCUCAUUCGACCCUCCCCGACCAGCAAGCUACCAAGAUCCAGUACAAUUACUCAAUCACUAUUACUUGCGGUUUCCGCUGCGCCGAUCCUUUGUCUUCGAUGAACUGGCCAAGCUCCUUCUCCGCAAAGCCUUUGCUCCGGAAUGGAUGGUGACUAAUAUGUGGAAGCACUAUGUGGAUGGAGCAAUCAAUUCAUUGUCUGCAGAUGACGACGAGUCAGCUGCUGCAACCCGGCUGAUCGAAGCUGUCAUACUUUCGGCUGGCAAUAUCUCGCCCUCCAUGGAUGCAAGUGCGAAUCUUGUGAGCCGGGGCGGGGUACGUCCUGCCCGUGGGAGAGACACUCGUACGGCUGCAAUGAGCAUACCUGGUCUGCCCCAGGAUCAGUCGCCAUGUCCCAUUCCCAUCCAGGAUGCUCUAAGCAAUCUGACACUAAGUCUUAUCACGGCACUGGGUGGGAUGCACAUUUCACGGUCCCAAACCGCGGCAGCCGAAGAGAGAAUUGCUAGCAUGAAAGUAAGAAACAUUGUUAGUUAUUUGGCUUUCACCGUGCAGCGGGAGAUUGAUAUCAGGGCACCAUCAUGCAAGGCUAAUGUGCCAACCUACCAAUCGCUGCGGCACGGCAGCGUCCUGCUGAGCAACUAUCUCCUGCAAUGCAACGAAGAGGGUCUCGCGCAGACGGUUGGCCAAUCCGACUCCAUUUCAACUAAUGUCGAGUCAUUUUUUGAGUCGUUAUCUGAUCGGGCAGAUGUGAUCAAGGAAUUGGCGGUAUUGGCCCAACAGGUAUUUCGCUGCUGCGAGCGGGGCCAGAAGCGUGACCAAACGUACACGUCGCUGCAGGUUCGCAACAAGGUCAGCCAGCUCGCGCAAUUAAGCAUUGCCGGAGGAUUGGGCAUGUUUCUCGGAAAAGUGGCCACCGAAACCGCAAUGGGGUUUGCGGAGACAACAGCGGACCCUGAUGACCACGUCUGGGCUGUGGAGAUUCAAGAAAGGGUAGUCUCAUCUCAGCGCGAGCAAGAGUCAGAAGGCCCUGCGGUGCAUGAACAACACCAUUCAGAUGGCCCAUCUGGUCUGUAUCGGUGGGAAGACAGUAUUGGCGAGUGGGUUCAGAGGACCCCUGGCUCCAAAGCCAAGGCCACGGGGUUUGAAAUUGGUUCAAGACAACUGGGUUCUAGGCCGUCGAUACCAUCUACUAUUGCUUGCUCGACGAAUAGUAGCCCGUCGACAUCGGCCCCGUCUGAAGACUCCGCCUCCAGCAUUGCUUCGUCUCCUCCAACCGUUCCUAUCAAACGAACGCUGCCAGAUAGGAGGUCAGCGCCAAGGUCGAGUAAACGACUUCGGUUGGGUCCAGUGGAGGUGUACACCGAUGGAGCUGAUUCACCCCACGACUCAGCUUCACCGACAUCUAAUCAGUUGCCCAAGUGGAAUUCCACAGCAACAGCGGCCAAGAGCCGCCCAAGACGGGGCGUGUUGAGGGAAUUGACUCAGGCCAAGAAUAAGCCACCCCAGGUGAUUGAUAACGGAGCAAAGUCUACGACGUAUGCAAGUAAGGUUCAGGUUGUGAUCUUCAACAAAGCGGCUCAGGACACGGUUGAAGACGUGCAGAGAGGUAAUCCCCAGCCGAAUGAAUCCCCGGAGGCGUGCAUAUCUGUAGAUCAGAGAAAGACAGAGCUUCCCCGGAGCUGGACGGUCCCAGCGCCUCGACAACGGAUGGUGAUUCCGUGCUCGGAGGAUAGCGACGACGAGCUAAGUUUCCUGUGAGCGACAGCGAUUGGAGAAUCAGCAGCUCAAUCGCUUGGUGUUGUCUGUUUUGGGAAACGGGUCUGGAGCAUCGGAGCAUGCGAGGGCAAUUUUUGACAUAUUUUUGAAUUCUUAUUAUUAAUUCUGGUAUCUCUUUUUCUUGGGUGUCUGGAAAGCCGCGUGGGAGUUGGAACAGUUUACAAUUUUGGUGUUUUGCAUGACUUUUUUUGUGUGGUUUAAUGAUGAUACCCGAGUUGGAUCGACACCGCAAAUUACUUUCUGGAUGGUAGUUUGGUUCUGCGUGGGGUGUUUGAGAGCUUGAAUUACUUGAUAUUUGCAUAUGAAGAUAGGACUGGAUGGUGGGAUACUAAGCUUUUGGCGGUGGUUGCUUUUUCCGACCCUCGCUUGGGGGCGA